UGUACUUGCAGAGUAAUGGAUGGAUUGAAGGUUUCUGAUGCAAAUUUAGUUGUUUAUAUACAUCCGUCAAAGGCAAACAGGGUUCGUCAAGCGCUUCGAGGGGAGCUAAGUUCACUGCUUUUUAAAUAUAAUGAAGUAUUUGAUGGGGUUGUUUUGGUUUAUGAUAUAUUAGCUCAAAGUAAAAGUGCAAAGAUUCUUCCUGGACUUUCCCCUUAUUUUGGAGUCAAUGUAAAAGCAAAACUCUUACUUUUUUCUCCAAAGCCAGACAUGCUGUUAGAAGGGAAGGUCAUGAAGCUGAGGAAAGAAUCGAUUCAUGUCAUUGUACUUGGUUUUUCAUAUGCGACAAUUGCAGAGGAAGAUAUUCGUGGAGAGUUUACAUAUAAAACUGUGAGACUGUCCUAGUCACAACGUCAAUGGUUUUGAGUUUCAA